UGUUUGUCUAUAUUUUUAUAUUAAAUUUGAUUAUAUUCACGAAAAUGAAUAGUAAUUUUGAGGAAUUUCGUAUCGAAUUCUAUAAACAGAUAGCAGACACACCGCGUCACUAAAGUGACGCAGUGGACUUAUUGUAGUAUCCUAACCUAUUCUUUUUAUAGUAAAAAGCUUUCAGUGAACUUCCAAUCUUGAUUCGAAGUAACCAUUCGGCCUUUAUACGUUGAGCGUUGUUUUGAAUUCGAAAUAAUUUGCAUGACUAUUCUUGACCAGCAAUCAUAGAAAAUAACAAAAAAUGUUUUUUAAAAAAGCAAUAAGAGAAUUUUUUCGCCAACGAAUGAAUCCCAUUGACCCUAAAGUUGCGACGUUAUAUAAAUAUAAAUUGUCGCUUAUUUAUGUUAUUGUGGGAUGGAAUCUAAUUGGAUUAACUUUUUACAUGGUUGUCAAUGACAAGCUACCAAAAAAACAUGACAGUGUCGAUUAUGUCAAGUUGCUAGGAAUACAAAAUGCUAAUGUAGUUAAAUUUCAAGGACUUACAAAAGUUGAAGAUAAGGAUGUUCAUAUAACUGAAGACGAGAUCCAGAAGUUCCAUGGAGUUAGUCCUAAAGAGUCUGAUAAACAAGUAGAGAAGAAAUCAAGUUAAAUAAUAACAAAUAAUGUCCCAAUGUAAAUAAUAUGCAUAUAAUAUUAAAAAUUAUUA